AAUGCUUGGUGAGUUGUCGGUAAUUGCUGGACCGUGGCGACCUGCUGAACCCCUGCAACGGACCUCAGAGAGCCACUGUAAAGAGUACCUCUCAUCUCUCUCUCACACACACACACACGCACACACACACACACACACACACACACACACACACACACACGCACACACACAUAGACAGAAAACGACACCGCGCGCAGCCCCGGCGCGAGGCUAAGAAGAAGAGGAGGAGGGCUAGACGUGCGCUCGAGGCGACACCUGUCAAGCCGUUACUAAACACAGUUGGUUUAUUUGAAAAGAUUGAGGCACCCUGAAGACUUGAGGGGGGGGGGGGACAAAACGAGGUGGAAAACAGAGAUUAGUCGCACCUACUGCCGCCGUUUUGCGCUCAGGGAGAGAAACGGAGCCCCCUUUGGAGGAGAAAACAGAGAGGAGUGUGUAGCACUGACAUUGUGACGAGCCGUUUGUGGAGUUGAAAGUUGACGCAGGUUAGAUGUCUGCUGAUGGGAGCCAACUGACAGCGAGAACCGGGAGAGGAAAGAGAGAGAAAACGUGACUUUAUCCUAAGGUUAGUGUUCACUAACGCUCAGCCAGACAUCCUGCUGAAGCAAACACCAGUCAAGCCUACCUUGAGGGUAAAAGUCGGAAGUCCAUUACUGCUAACCUGUGGGAGAACUUUUCACACCGAGCCACGUGACUGGCCAUCACAACGCCGCUUGAGUGAACUACAUCCAGUACACUUUGUCAUCUUGCUUUGCUGCCUCUGAAGAAAAACUGUGUGAACCGAAAAGGAAGCAAUCAAACAUUGAAAAGAGGAGAGUUGAGGCUAACGCCGAGAGGAAAGCAAAAAGAAGCCGGAGCAGAGACUUUUACAGCCUUUUCUGCACUGGGCCUGUCCAUCACAGCCUCAGACGUAGUCAUUACCAUCAUCAAACUGUGAAAUUCGUGUCAAAAUAAUUGUUAGAAUACAACCAAUAAUAAUAGAUCAUAAGGACUCUGCUGGAUUUUUCUGAGCUGUGGAAAUCUCACUUAUUCUCACUUCAUUAAUUAAAACCACUACCUGGUUAUUCAAAGCGAGUUUUGCAUGGCACCGUACUAUUUUUGAAUGACCCACUACUUGCAUGAGUAUCCAGGAUUGCUUUUGACUUCGAAGAAGGACCCUUGAGCCCUCAACCAUCUUCUGACUGCCUGCCCAACUGUAGCAUUUGGGUGUGGAGGGGUGAUUUCAGAAUUAGGCCUCUGGAUGCUUGUUGAAGAUGACUUGAGUUGGCAGACCUAAAAGCCCCUUACCCCAGAGAGAGAAAGAGCUUGGCAGUAGGACAGACACACACACACGCACACACACGCACACACACACAUACACACACACAACACACAAAUGUGGGUGCCGAUGCGGCUUUGAGCCAUGCUGGUGUUGCUACUUGUGGAUCCCUGGAGUACAGGCUAUCAUCAUCCCUAUCAUCAUUCACCCAAGCUGAGGAAGAUUCAACGGCCCCAAGGAGCAAGGCUACACUUCUGAACGAUUCAAAGUAGACUGGGAAUCUGUGCUAACAUACAGAGAGGUCCACUGCUACAUCCGCAAUUACACAGAAAGACACGCCGAUACUCUGCUCAACACCACAAAUCCUUCGUACAGGAAAAACAAGGCUGCGGCGGACGUGAAAGGCACGAAGACUGAGCAGGAGCUGUGCACCAACAUGGCAGCUGAGAGUCUUGCUGAGCUCCGGGAUUGGCUCUUUCUGCUCCUCCUGUGCCUCACCUUAUUGGCUGAGGUGCUGGAACUGGCGGCAGCGGCAAUUGCCAUGGAGACGGGCGAGGGAGAUGAGGGCAUUGUUUGUCCCUCAGUGUGCCGCUGUGAUGAGGGUUUUGUCUACUGCAACGACCGUGGCCUCAGUAUAAUUCCUCCACUACCAUUAAUGGCUGCCAUCCUCUACUUACAGAGCAACCGGCUGAGUAACGCUGGCCUGCCUCCCUCACUGGAACGCAGCACUUCCAUACGAGUCAUUUACCUGUAUGCCAAUCAGCUGGAUGAAUUCCCUAUACACCUCCCACCUUCAUUACGGGAGCUCCAUUUACAGGAUAAUAAUAUACGAACGUUACCGAGGUCAGCUCUGGCCAAGUUACCAUUACUAGAACGUUUACACCUGGAUGAUAACUCUAUAUCCACAGUUAGCAUCCAGGAGCGAGCUUUUUCUGGGACUCCACGGCUUCGACUCCUGUUUCUGUCACGGAACCAUCUGUCAAGCAUCCCUGCAGGCCUGCCAGCAUCCUUGGAAGAGUUGCGACUGGACGACAAUAGGAUCAGCACCAUUCCCACACAUGCUUUCCGUGGCCUCGCCUCCCUGCGGCGCUUGGUCCUAGAUGGGAACCUGUUGGCCAACACACGCAUUGCAGAUGACACCUUUUCACGUCUUUCCAACCUGACUGAGCUGUCGUUGGUCAGGAAUGCCCUGCAGUCUCCACCAGUUAACCUACCAUCGGCUCAUCUCGUGCGACUCCAUUUACAAGAUAAUGGAAUGACCCACAUACCACGGGGGGCGCUGGAGGGAAUGCGUCGGCUACAGAGACUGGACCUGUCCGGAAACAAUCUGACCAGUCUCCCAAGAGGACUUUUUAAGGACACAGAAAGCCUGGAGCUGCUACUGCUGCGAGGAAAUCCCUGGUACUGUGGCUGCAACCUUCGCUGGCUCCAUGCCUGGCUGCACGGCCGGGGGUCAGCAGUGACAGUCAGGGGUCUGACAUGUCAGGGGCCUGAGCCUGUAAGGGGUCAGACCCUCAGAGACGUAACCUCCCUGAUGGAGCAGUGUGAAGGACCCCCUGCUGGUCCCAGUACUGGAAUGGGGGUGAACCCAGCAGAAAAAGACGGAGGUGGUGAAGAUGCUGCAGGAGGGGAGCACUCAGUGGCUUCAGUCCCCCAUGGCAGCACCACCACUACCUCUCUGCUGGUCCCCACACAAGGUUCCCUCUUCACCCUGCGAGCCAAGCGGCCGGGCCUUGUUAUGCCUUUGCCUCCCGGUGAAGGGGGGCAGGUAUCCGGAGAGGCCUUGGAGCUGACUGUAAAACCUCUCUCUUCGGACAGUGUGCUGGUGAGUUGGCUGUGUCCGCAGCCAGCACCCUCCUUCCGCCUGUCGUGGCUGAGGUUGGGUAGCAGUGCAGCUCUCGGUUCGAUAACAGAGACUCUGGUACCUGGAGAGAGGAGGCAGUACCUCCUUACCCAGCUCACCCCACGCUCCCAUUACCUCAUCUGCUUGCUGCCACUACGACCAGAGCCCUCCUUUGGGGGUUCCAGCAUGGGUUCAUCUCGGGUUGGCAGCAUGGACACGGACAGUAAAGACUCGGCCCCGGCCUGUGCUCAGAUAGAGACUGGAGAGGCUCUGGUCAACUCAGGAGGGGAGGGGUCAGAUAAAGAGGGACAGGACUCUGAACUAACAGCCCUGCCGUUGGCUGGGAUCAUAGGGGGUGCCACAGCAUUAGUAAGCCUGCUGUUAAUCUUUGGUAUCUUCUGCUGGUAUGGACAGAGAGCGGGUUACAUGUCCGGGGACACAGGCGCAUACAGCAGGGGCCGGGGUGGAAAACAUUAUGAUGACUAUGUAGAGUCAGGCACUAAGAAAGACACUUCCAUCUUAGAGAUCAGGGCACCUCCUGCAGGGUUUCAGAUGACAGCUAUGGCCCAUCAACCCUUACAGCCUAAGCUGGAGGAUGUCACCUACAUCCAUACUAUUUUCCCCUCCUCUUCCUCUUCCUCCCAAGCUAACGGGACCUACCGGAGCAACCACGGAGCUGGCAGCCUCAAUGGCACCAUCCUCAGCCAAACCAGCCACCAUCAUGUCACCUAUGGUACCAACCGUGGCUACAGAGAGGGUGGUAUUCCCGACAUAGAUUAUGCCUACACGUGAUGAUACAGGGACAUGCUCCCUGAGCCACAAACGCCAAGCGCCAUCUCUAUGAUGACGACCCCUUGGCUGGUGGCCAUUUUGUCCUUGGUUUCCAAAGUACCCUCUGUGCCUCUGCUGGUUAAAUUCUGAUUGGUUUGUUAGGUAGAAAAGACUGAUUUCAGCUAUGUUGAUUGGACAUUGCUAUUGAGUGACAGUAAGUCCUACUAUACUCUACUACUGUAUACUACAUUAUACAGUAGGCCCUUCUUUCAGCGCUACUUCUAGUUAUAAAUGGUUACGUUUUCUCUUUUGGAUAUCUCAGUGUCUUUCAAACCUACUGUUCUUCUCGGCUCAUAAUAAUACACAGUAACUUAUUUGAGGUUGAUAUACUAGGCUUAGCUGAUUUAGCAGGAGAUAUAUUUAUAAUAUGAGGAAAAGGCACUUGAUGUGUAUAGAGAUAGGUCUCAUAUCUUCCCACCAACUGUAAGCUCUGUGCUGUAUAGAUAAAAGGGAUGACAGAGGGAGAAAUCAAUGGUUGUUAUAACCCACAGAUGACAAUGCAUCAUGGUUGACAUGAAAAGAUGUGUUCCUAGCCCCCCUCCUUUUCCUCUAGUUUACUCCCCUCCUUUUUAAUUUUUCCUCCUUUCCGCCUCCUUUUUCUUUUUUUUUUUGGCUGAGGCUCUUUCCUUUUAUUUCUCUCGUGUCUUUUGUGGUGCCGUGAGCAGAGAACGACUUUGUUCUCGCCAAGGGAGCUGACAGCAGUGAUAACAGUUCUGACAGAGAUGGGAGUCACAAACCACAGCGUAGGGAGACUAAUGAGAGAGAGAGCAAGAGGGGGGGGGGGGGGGUACAUAGAUGGAUAGAUUGAUAGAUGGAUGGAUGGCGGGAUAGAACAUAAAAUAAAACAAGAGAAGAGAGAGGUGCUGUUUUGGGCACAGGGAGAGGUGUGUUGGCUUAAGGCAGAAAGCGAGGAGUGAAAAGGAAGAUAAGUAAAAAAAAGGGCGUGUGACAAAUGCAGCAGCAGGAGGUAAAAAAUCAGACAAAAGAAGAAGAAGAAAGGUGCGGGCGGGGUAAAGAAGAGGGGUGACAACUGGAAUAAUGUGACAUUGUCAUCCAAAAAAUGGCUCAAAUUUUACCCACAGUGUAACCAUUACUGCACUCAGCCAGUACUCCAGUGAUAAAAGACUUCAAGGACUGGAGGUUUUCUGUCGCCAAUGAUCAUUUCAAAUCCCAUCAAAUUAUAUGAAUUAGGCAGUUUCCACUUUAUGUAUCAUCAUAACAUUUAAAUGAUCAUGAUUUCAGAAAAGUUUGCAGGACAACAGGAGGAACAGAGGCGUGGCAAGACAAUCAGAGAAAAACAUUAAAAAAGUAAAAUGACUGAAUGAAUAAUGAUUGUCAAGACCACAGGACUUGAGAAGAAGAGCUAUUAAAAAUUUCCCUUUUCAUAAUUUCUAAAAGUACUGCAUGUACCCAGUUUCUAUUGUGGUCUAGUCUCAUUAUUACUUUUGCAAAUGAAGUGAAAGAAACCUAAUCAUACAUCUUAUAAUAGUAACCCAUUAUCUCCUAGAGCCUGGUUAAACCUUUGUAAUUGAAAAGAAGUUUUAGCAGCUAAUAGUUUUUCGGCGGAAGUUGGAACUACUCUGGUCUAAUUACUCUAAUCACUCAUAAUAAUGUAUCAUUUCAAUUUCAUUAAAAACUUGUGGUUGUUUUUAUUCAUAUUUAAGGAAAGGUUCAAGGUAAGAGUGGGCAAUAUGGAUACAUAUCAAAGCAUAUGUAAUUUUAUAUUGUGAUAUUUUAUUUAUUGUGACUGGGAAAGUGAUUAUGGACAAAAUUGCCAGACAAGAAUGGCUGCCUUUGGAGAAUCCAGUAAAUUAAACACCAGACAAAUUAAAGUACUUCAUCACAUUGGUGCAAAAAAAUCAUAUGAAAUUCUAAUAUUGCUGUAAAGUAGUCGUGCUCAUUUAUUUGAAACAAAACUGCUUAAUACAACCAGAGAUAUUAAACCGGCGAUAUUAAACUGAGAGCUUCCACAGAGUAAACGGUAUGGUGACAUAUAAUGGUUGACAAAUUUGAAGAGCUGAAAUAAUAAGUCAAUUAAACCAAUCGACAGAAAAACUGCAACUAUUCUGAUAAACGAUUAAUAAUUGAAGCCAUUCAAAACUUCAAAUAUUUCCUCGUCUCAGCUUUCUAAUUGUGGUUUUGCUGAUUUUUUUUUAGUCGUGUGUCACAUAAACUGAAAAUCUUUAACUUUUGGACCGUGCAGGAAAUAGUGUUUAUCACUCUAUCCCGACAUUUUACAUUUAACAAUGAAUUGAACUAAUAAGCUGCACAAAUCUGAAUUGUCAUUAUAUUGCUCCACCCUUCAGGGGGCAUUUUGAUUUGGAGUAUUUUAACAGCUGAUUUCUCUUCGAGUAAAUCAGUCAUUUCAAAGUUGGUCUGAUGCGUCCUGUGAGGUGAAUUGCAUUAGUUGUCUCAUGUCGUCCUGUUUGUUAGGCCUUGGUACAGCAUAGACACAGUUCUGUUAACAGGGAUCACAGCCUUACCACUACACUGUGCAGUUCAACACACAAACAAACAUCCACACGGAAA